CAUUGCGCUUCGGUGCGAGUGGACGCGUGUGCCGUGCCUGUUUCCGCGAGCUCCGCACACACCGAGAAAACCGUGGUUCGUUUCUGUUUUUCUGUUUUGUUUUCUACCUGCCGAAAGGUGUGCGAAAUUUAACUGCAAAGCUGCUGUGAGCGGUGCGUGCAUUUUUGUUGUUGUGCAAGAUAGAACAGAAAGACUUGGUCCGAUCGUAGUAAAGAUCAGGACUUUCUUUCCUUCCGAUCCGAUCAACGGAUUCAAUUCCCGACAAGUGCAGGGCAAGAAGGCAAGGGCUCCAAAGUACGGUGAAAAGCACACGAUACGCCUUUUCCGGUGCGGAGCAGCUUCCACAGGGACCCACGGACGCCAGCGACGAGGCCGCUGUUCUUGUUUAUGAGUUCGGGCGCGUCGAUGCUAUGCGAGAUCAUAGCAUGCUUGCACGUUUUCGCGAUCACCUUUUUGUCGGCCAAGAAUCUUUAUGACCGUUUAUGUUGGCCGUGCUGGCGCGCACUGAUCGCGUGUGUGUAUGAGUGUGUAUUGUUUGUUCAUGUGCAGUGAGUGAGCCCGAGAGAAAAAAAAGGGAUCCACCCAAAGGGUGUUUGCGACCGGAGGCGCGCCAUAUCGUCGUGAAAGUCGCGAAACGUGCCCGCACAGUACGGUGAUAACUCCCCCCGCUGUUUGAUACGCUGUUACGCCUGGGUCAAUGAGAGAGGGUGGUGCACCGCACCCGAUAUGGAGAACGGCCAAACACGGGUAUUGUGCGUACCCAUUCAAUAGUGGGGCACCGUGCGGCAACGGAGACGAGUGCGCGUGGAAUUAAGUGCGUCUUGCUGCUCUAGUGUGCGGGUGGUGGCGGCGGCGGCGGUGGUGGCGCCGUGCUCUGCGGAUGUGUGAGCCUAAAAUUAGCCAUCGAAUUAGUGUCCAUUGUGUUCGCCAUCCCUCGUCGCAAGUGAAGCGAAGGUUUGCCAAUUGUAGACGACCCCUUGCGUCUUAACGCAACUCAUCAAAGAAGUGCAAUUUGUAGUGAAUCUGCGGCCCCUUGUGCAACAUAAUCGUUCGAUUAAUGGGAUCCCCCCUUACAAAAGUGAAUUCCCUCUUCCCGCUGCCUGUCUGUGUCUGAUUGUCUUCAGGGCUCCCUGAAGUGUGUCUGGCCGGGUGAGUCAGUGUGUGAUGAGCUGCGCGCCUUCUCGAAGAUCCCGGAAGCCACAUUCGUUCCGAUGCUGAUAAUUAAGUGCGUGUGUGUGUCUGUGUGAUGUCGUCCUCACUGUUGCAACCGUUGCACUGAUAGUGAAAUAGUGCGAAAAGGGGUACCCAUUCGGGGAAGCAAUUGUGUGUGAGAAAAAAAGAAAAGCUAAUUGAUUUACAAAGUUCAGUUUCACAAAACCACGGAAGGAAAACACAAGGGUGGCGCCCAAAACAGAUUGUGCGCGCGCGGGGUCCGCUGCGGUGCGAAGGAAUAAAUCACGAUUAUUAAAGUGCGGUAAUUCGCUCUUCCCGCUGCUGGCUGUUGUUUGGGUGUUUUUUUUGUUGUUGAAAAUUAGUUCUUCGAAGAAGAGACAAAAAAAAAAACACAUUCAUACCGGAAAAACACAUCCCUUCACCGUCCGACGAAUCAAAGUCGGCUGUGGUGGCGCGGUAGUGAAGGGGUGAAGAGAGAAAGAAGGAAAGAAAAAGUUCGAUUGGGAUUUAAUUGAAAGUUUGUGCCCGUACCACAAGACCGGUGCUGGCCUGGGCGAACGAAGACGGUGUUUCGAAUCGUUCUCACUAUCUUCCGGUGCAAACACACACACACACUCUCACACAAACGUAGGAGAUCAUCCAGCGAAGGCCACACAAUUUCAACACCAUCAUCAUCAUCGCAUGCUGUCUUGCCGACAGCAUAACAUCCCGCGUGCGUUUGUUUGCGUCUGGGCAUCACAGUAAGCACAGCCCAGCCACACUAUCAGCAACAGCAGCAGCAGCAGCAUCAUUCUUCUAUUCUCCAGGCAAGCGGAAGACGGUGUGUUGUUGUUCUGACGGUGCUGCUUCCAUUGUUCGGUGAAAGUGCACCCACCCCACACACACCCACUGGAAGUGGGAAUAGGAAACCGAACGGAAGAGCUACAGAAAAAGGGAAUACACCGGGACAGGAACCUCUGGGUCCGAUACACAUCGCACCUCCUCCAAAAAAAAAAACAUGAUCUGGCCAGGGCUACUGUUUAUGCUGCUCAGCAGCGCGUUUAUGCUGCCCGGUGCAACGGCGGAACAUCAUAACAUGUCACACACGAAAGACUGUACCCGCUUUCACGAGCAAUGUGUCCGCUGCACCGAUACGGGCUGCGUCAAGUGUACGGAAGUGCUGCGCAUCGACACCGGCGAAUGUCUGUCGGAGUGCCCGAGCGGGUACGGCGCACAGUGGUCUACGAGCAGCGAGUACAUGGGCCGCGUCUGCCAUCCGGUCGGGAUGUCGGGAUCGUUCCUGGCCGCCGUCGUCGGCAUCGUUGCUGGGGCGAUCCUGUGCGUGGUGCUGAUUUUCGGUGCGCUGGCCAUCCUGCGACGACGCCAGAAGCGCAAAAAGUACCGCGAAUCGUUCAUCGACGAAAACAUCGACCGGCUUGAGUUCUUGCGCCAGCUGGACGAGCUGCGCCCGCAGGCGGAAUACUUCCUGCAGAUGCUGAACGACACGCGGCGCCAGAUACGGAAGCUGCACCUGGCCGGUGACAGUGCCGGCGCUGCCACGUACCAUCCGGUGGUACGCGAUCUCGCCAAAAUACUGAUCCUGCUGAACAAACCGAUCGAGCUGAUCAAUGCGCCACCGCACGACUGGCAGCGGCUGUACGUGUGGGCCGAACGUGUGCUCGACCGCUACAAGCCCGAGCUGGCGCAGCUGAUCGAGUUUCUGCAGCAACCGUCUGCGUCCGAUCCACGGCUCGGUGCGUCGGACCAUUCCACCUUCAAGUCGGCAUCGUACCACCAGCACGGUGGUGCGCCGGGCACGGACCUAUCGCCCAGCCUGAGCCAGAAGAACGAGCGCAACCUGCUGCAGCCGGAGUUGAUCCAGCUGCAGAAACAUCGCACACUGCCGUCGAUGCAGACCACGCACCACUUCCUCGGUUCGCUGAUCAGUUUGCACGAGUUUGACGAACGAUCGUCACACACGACCGACACCAGCUCAAACCACCACUCGACGACCGGCGUCGUUAGUGGGAGCGGUGGUGGUGGCGGUGGCGGUGGAGGUGGUGGCAACAAUCCGUUCGACGAUACGUUCGAUCACGUUCGCACGUACCUGUCCACGUCCGGGAUGAACGACAGUUCGCUCUGGUUGCAGGACGAGUUCUUUAAGCUGGGCUUCCGGCCCCAGGACGAAAUCACGACCGAGCUUUGAUCGGCGAGGGAGGGGAAACGUGUGUCCCAAAUACACGAUGUCACCAUUCCAGUGCAAAUCAACAGGAUACGCAAUAUUUGUAUAUAAGCAAUACAUGGUCAAAAUACCCCGCCGCUGCCGCCGCCGCCGCCCGGUGCUAUCGUUUGGCGUGAGGAUUACGGGACCCGCGAAACAAUACGCACAUAUAAUGGCGCACACGCAGGCAUCAUGUGCACUAGUCAGAUACGAGCGCGGUGCUCUAGAAUCACAUAGACGGGCAUAGGCCGCCACCGAACAACGCGAAGGAGGAGGACAUAAUCCGUAAUCAGCAUUAAAAUUGUUAGUGUGUGUGUAUAUGUAAACAUUGAACUACAAACUAACAGGACAAAGUUAUAUUGUAAAAGUAGGGUAUUAAAACAAUGCAACCACCAAUUGAGCAGGUUGAAGGGAACGUUAGGCAGAACUAUUUAUUCCUGUUUUCUUCCUCGAUCGCGGGAAUGCACAAGGCAGGGCUAGACCAAUUGUCGAUUGGUUAAUCGGUACGAAGGAUUAAGCAAUUGUUAGCUGUGCUAUUGCAUUGUCUUUUUUCUUAAGCACUAUUCAUUAAUCCAUCGCGGAUCGAAUCGGUUUAGAUGGUCCAUGUUGCACAAAGUACGACAAUAAUGAUUAAUUUUAGUGAAAAAUCGUCCCCAAUACGAAGGGGCCAAAAUGGAGUUAUUCUUAUACUACGAACGAAAUAAAACGAAAAACGGACAUAUUGCAAGGGAUACACUACAAAAAUAAAUCUUUUGUUACUAUUGUGGAAGGGAAAUUCAUUCGUA